AUACCGGAUUCCUGAAGUACUUUUUAGUCGCUAAGUAUGCAGAUAUUUGUUAAGACUUUGACUGAAUGUGAAAGCAAAGAUUCAAGAUAAAGAAGGUAUUCCACCUGACCAACAGCGUCUUAUCUUCGCUGGGAAGCAGUUGGAAGAUGGCCGUACAUUGUCUGAUUAUAAUAUUCAGAAGGAGUCGACUUUGCAUCUUGUCCUACGUCUUCGUGGUGACCAUUACUCUGGAGGUUGAACCUAGUGAUACGAUUGAGAAUGUGAAAGCAAAGAUUCAAGAUAAAGAAGGUAUUCCACCUGACCAACAGCGUCUUAUCUUCGCUGGGAAGCAGUUGGAAGAUGGCCGUACAUUGUCUGAUUAUAAUAUUCAGAAGGAGUCGACUUUGCAUCUUGUUCUACGUCUUCGUGGUGGUAUGCAGAUAUUUGUUAAGACUUUGACUGGUAAGACCAUUACUCUGGAGGUUGAACCUAGUGAUACGAUUGAGAAUGUGAAAGCAAAGAUUCAAGAUAAAGAAGGUAUUCCACCUGACCAACAGCGUCUUAUCUUCGCUGGGAAGCAGUUGGAAGAUGGCCGUACAUUGUCUGACUAUAAUAUUCAGAAGGAGUCGACUUUGCAUCUUGUCCUACGUCUUCGUGGUGGUAUGCAGAUAUUUGUUAAGACUUUGACUGGUAAGACCAUUACUCUGGAGGUUGAACCUAGUGAUACGAUUGAGAAUGUGAAAGCAAAGAUUCAAGAUAAAGAAGGUAUUCCACCUGACCAACAGCGUCUUAUCUUCGCUGGGAAGCAGUUGGAAGAUGGCCGUACAUUGUCUGACUAUAAUAUUCAGAAGGAGUCGACUUUGCAUCUUGUCCUACGUCUUCGUGGUGGUAUGCAGAUAUUUGUUAAGACUUUGACUGGUAAGACCAUUACUCUGGAGGUUGAACCUAGUGAUACGAUUGAGAAUGUGAAAGCAAAGAUUCAAGAUAAAGAAGGUAUUCCACCUGACCAACAGCGUCUUAUCUUCGCUGGGAAGCAGUUGGAAGAUGGCCGUACAUUGUCUGAUUAUAAUAUUCAGAAGGAGUCGACUUUGCAUCUUGUCCUACGUCUUCGUGGUGGUAUGCAGAUAUUUGUUAAGACUUUGACUGGUAAGACCAUUACUCUGGAGGUUGAACCUAGUGAUACGAUUGAGAAUGUGAAAGCAAAGAUUCAAGAUAAAGAAGGUAUUCCACCUGACCAACAGCGUCUUAUCUUCGCUGGGAAGCAGUUGGAAGAUGGCCGUACAUUGUCUGACUAUAAUAUUCAGAAGGAGUCGACUUUGCAUCUUGUCCUACGUCUUCGUGGUGGUAUGCAGAUAUUUGUUAAGACUUUGACUGGUAAGACCAUUACUCUGGAGGUUGAACCUAGUGAUACGAUUGAGAAUGUGAAAGCAAAGAUUCAAGAUAAAGAAGGUAUUCCACCUGACCAACAGCGUCUUAUCUUCGCUGGGAAGCAGUUGGAAGAUGGCCGUACAUUGUCUGACUAUAAUAUUCAGAAGGAGUCGACUUUGCAUCUUGUCCUACGUCUUCGUGGUGGUAUGCAGAUAUUUGUUAAGACUUUGACUGGUAAGACCAUUACUCUGGAGGUUGAACCUAGUGAUACGAUUGAGAAUGUGAAAGCAAAGAUUCAAGAUAAAGAAGGUAUUCCACCUGACCAACAGCGUCUUAUCUUCGCUGGGAAGCAGUUGGAAGAUGGCCGUACAUUGUCUGAUUAUAAUAUUCAGAAGGAGUCGACUUUGCAUCUUGUCCUACGUCUUCGUGGUGGUAUGCAGAUAUUUGUUAAGACUUUGACUGGUAAGACCAUUACUCUGGAGGUUGAACCUAGUGAUACGAUUGAGAAUGUGAAAGCAAAGAUUCAAGAUAAAGAAGGUAUUCCACCUGACCAACAGCGUCUUAUCUUCGCUGGGAAGCAGUUGGAAGAUGGCCGUACAUUGUCUGACUAUAAUAUUCAGAAGGAGUCGACUUUGCAUCUUGUCCUGCGUCUGCGCGGGGGUUAAUAUUUGUCUUUAAUGUUAUCUAAUAAAUGUGAUGUGUGUUUU